AUGAGUGGGGAUGAUGCUAGGGUAGCAGACGACAUUGGUGCAGAGCCAACAGUCCAGGGGAAGGAGAAUGGCAUGAGCGAAUUCAUCCAGCAAUAUUAUGAUGACGAUGCCGUAGACAUCAUCGGCAGGCCUUUGAAGCAGAUGAUGGAGCUCAGGAUCAAGGCACAGGAAGAUCAAGAUGCAGCUUUCCAGCAAGGUGUUGGAUAUCCCACGAAGGGGGUCGAAGUUGCGGACGACCGAGCAAGCUGCUAUCUGAAGCUCUUCAUCUUGGGCUUGAUCGUUAGUAUCGUCGCACUAGGAACAUGUGGUAUCUUGUGCAUCGCAUCGAAUGGCGAGGGACCGACGUGCGGGUCUGGUUUGGGAGCAGGGAUCGCCAUGACUGUGAUCGCCUUUGUCCUGGCUGGUCGUGGAGCGAUAUUUCUGCGGAAGUAUGAGAGGAUUGUCAAACGAAGCUUGAGGGGUCCCAUCUAUCGCUCGACUUGA